AUGACAUCUACUCUAUUCUCAUACUCUCCAAGUCAAGUUCCUAUCUUUGAAGGCGAAUUCUAUGAAUUCUGGAGCAGCCAAAUGGAAACAUUUUUCAUAUCCCUAGGUCUUUGGGAUAUGAUAGAUGAAGAAGAACUCGAUGUGCCCGAUGAAGACGACGAAGGAUAUGCGAAAUUUGAAAAGGAUCUCAAAAAACGAGAUGCAUUAGCUUUGCGCUAUAUUCAACAAGGAGUUGGGAAAACCAUAUUCCCUCGUAUUUUUGGAGUAAAAAAGGCUCAAGAUGCUUGGGUGAUAUUUAAACAGGAAUUUCAAGGUACGGAGAAAACGAUCGCAUUAAAACUCCAAACCCUAUGGAAAGAUUUUGACAAUCUAAAGAUGGAGGAUCGAGAAAAGGUACAAGAUUUUUCUUCUCGUGUUUCUACUAUUGUCAAUCAAAUAAAAAGCAGCGAAGAUGAAAUCAAAGACAAAAAAGUUGUUGAAAAGGUUCUUCGAAGCCUUCCUCAAAAAUUCGAUCAUGUUGCUGCUGCGAUUGAAGAAUCAAAAGAUUUGUCCAAGAUGACAAUAUAUGAGUUGACUGGAUCUCUUCUAGCACAUGAGCAAAGAAUUAAUCGCUCUUGUACUCCAUCAACUGAUCAAGCCUUCAAAUCCAAGCAAGUACCAGAAGCGUUUUCAAGAAGCCAUCACAACAAAUUUGGUAAGAAAAAUGAAAAGACAUUCGGUUGGAAAGGCAAAGCACCACAACAAUCUGGUGAUUCUUAUUCCUGUAUUAUUUGCAAGAAAACAAAUCAUGAGUCAAAAGAUUGUUAUUUCAAAUGCAAAAGAUGCAAAAUCCCUAAUCAUUCUCAAAGGGAUUGUUGA